AUGCUGAUCACACGCUUGGUUGCAUAUUUGGUUGGCAAUUUGGUUGCCUGUUUGGCUGGCCUCAUGAGGACACUGUUGGUUGGCACACUGCAUGGUGUUGCACCUCCACGACGAUCCUCCGACUCCCCGGCCGUACCAGCAGUCGCGCCAUCCGCCGUGCCGGGCGUUGUAGAGGCACCGGCGGUAGAGGAAAUAGAGCUGGUGGUGGAGGCGUCUGAGGACGUCGAAGAGCAGGCACAGCAGCGCCUCCACGUCAGAGGGAUACAGCAGGCCUGCCAGGUUGGUGUUGAAGUCGACGGCGUAGAUGCCACCUGCGUGGCCGUAGCCGAGCAAUGUGGUGAGCACUGA